CUUUAUGAAAUAAAGGACUGUCCUUUAUAAUAAAGGAUGUAUGAAUGCCUGAUGUCUAUACCAAUGUUUUUAUAAAAAAUAAUUUUUGUGUGCAGACUUUCAGUUCUAAGUCAUGGAAUAUUUCAAAACGAUCAUGCUUUCAAGGAAUAGUGCUUAUCAAAUUCAUUACUAUCUUCCUCUUAUAUAAAGAACAUGAUUAGACUCAGCUGAACUGCUUGGAUGAAUAAUUUUCCCAAUUAAGUAAUAUCCUUUAGAUAGGAAGGACAAUUAAACACAGUAAAUUCUUUUUUUUCCAUAUGUGUGUUAAGAGAGAGAGAAAAUGAUGCUUUUGUAAAAAGUUAAAUUAUUAUAAGUAGAGAUGAAUGAUAAAGUAUAACAAAGGCUUAGCUAAAAACUGAAGAUGUGAGCCAAAAUAGGUUUGAGAGAGAUAUGAAAAGUUAGUUACAAUUAACUAAAAGGUUCUUUACACCUCCCAUGGACUCUGCACUUGGCCAAGGAAUGUAUACAGCACAGUUUGGAAAACUAUAGUCUGAAUUGUUCUGGUUUCCUUCAUUUUUUAUCUCAGAUCUGCUGCAUUUCAGGAUGAACCUAUUACGUUGCUUGCUUAUGUUCCUGUUAUUCUUCAGAGUUCAGUUUGGAAAACCUGCAGACAGCUAUUAUCCUCUAAAGAGCUUCUGGCCUCAAGCUAAACCCUCCAGAGGCACAGCCAACUGGGUCCACUGGGCUAAUGACAUCCCAUGUUCUGAAACGAGCUUCAGCUCUGGCAAAGAAGGUCUGAAAUCCACAGUAACCCUAUUGUGCAAGCGGCAAGUGCAUAAAGUGCAGUUAUGGCCAGGGAUGCCUCCCACAAAAAAUAAGGGAGUUCCAUUGCUGCAAGGGGCAUUGCUGUUAGAAGGGACCCAGGAUCUCUCCACCUACAACUGGAAUUCCUUUGGGUUAAGAUAUGGAAAGAGGCAAGCAAUAAAAGCCCAGGAAAAAUCAAGAAAGCCUCAAGAAUAAUGGACGGGGGCAAACAGGGGAGGGGCUGGUUUGAGAUGGAUUACUUCUUCAUUGUUCCAUGUUAUGACUAUGACACUCUUUAAGUGUUGUUGUUCAGUCAUUAAGUCAUGCCCAGCUCUUUGCUACCCCAUGGACCAUCUCUUUGUCUUCUAUUUGCCAGGAAGUGAUGGGACUGGAUGCCACAAUCUUCGUUUUUUAAUGCUGAGUUUCAAGCUAACUUUUGCACUCUCCUCUUUCACCCUCAUCAAUAGGAUCUUUAAUUCCUCCUCACUUCCUGCCAUUAAACUGGUAUCAUCUGCAUAUCUGAGUUGUUGAUAUUUCUCCCACAAUCUCAAUUCCAUCUUGUGAUUCAUCCAGCCCAGCAUUUCACAAGAGGUACUCUGCAUAUAAGUAAAAUAAGCAGGGUGACUAUAUUCAGCCUUGUCUUCCUCCUUUCCCUAUUUUUGAAGCAAACGGUUGCUCCAUGUCUGGUUCUAACUGUUGCUUCUUGAACUAUAUAUAGGUUUCUCAGGAGGCAAGUAAGGUGGUGUGGUUUUCCCACCACAUAGUUUGUUGUGAUCUACACAAUCAUUAGCAUAGUCAAUAAAGCAGACAUAGAUGUUUUUCUGGAAUUCCCUUGCUUUUUCCAUAAACUAGUGAAUGUUGGCAAUUUAGUUCCCCUGCCUCUUUGAAAUCCAACUUGUACUUCUAUAGUUCUUUGUUCACAUAUGGCUGAAGCCUAGCUUAUAGGAUUUUGAGCAUGACCUUGCUAGCUUGUGAAAUGAGUGCUAUUCUAUGGUAAUUUAAACAUUAUUUGGCACUACCCUUCUUUGGGAUUGGAAUGUAAACUGAUCUUUUCCAGUCCUGUAGCCAUUGUUGAGUUUUCCAAAUUUGCUCACAUGUUGAGUGCAGCACUUUAACAGCCUCAUCUUGUAGGAUUUUAAAUAAUUCAGAUGGAAUACCAUCACCUAAGCUGACCUUUAAAUUUUUAACCAAAUAGAUUGAAAAAGGUCCCAUUUAUGGAUAAACCAAUUGUAAAAAUUAAAUGUAUGGACAUUUUGAGGUUUUAUUUUCACUAUGUAUCAUGAUAGUUUGGUGAAAAAUAAAGGCUUGGCUUUUCUGCCAAAGGGUUUAUAUUGUAGGUGGUAUAUAUGGUACCUGUUUUUUAAGAAUUAGUCAUUGUUUCUUGCUUUCUUUAA